AUGGGCAGCAUAUCGGACAUUUGUGAUCGUCAAGAUGGCUUCGACUAUCAUAACCUUGAUCCGCUCAUUCACGAGGUCGAAAUCGUGAUACCAAGAGGGCUGGCAUUUCGUGAGCACGUGUCUGCGUCAAGAGAUGGCUUUCCCGGUUGGACCUGCGACUACGAACAGGGCUCAGUCUGGGGCUGCAAUCCUCACCUCGUGGAAGUUGUCGAUAUGAGGGAUAACCGUCGGGUUGACGAACUUCUAAGCCUACACAUUGCAUGGCCUACGGGUGGCUGCGCAUGGUGCGUGGUGGCAGAAGGAAGGUUACUCGCAAGCCAGGGAGGCGAUGGCAAUGAUCAAGGCGUUGGAGUUGUGGGACAAACACCCAAGGGCAGAACAGCAAGGUUGCCAUCUCUGGACUCUAUCAGACAGUCUGCACUUCCAAAGCUCGUACCCACCGUAAGGUUUGUCUUCCAGUUCCCUGGAUGUUCGCCGCCUGGCAUUACCAUGGAUCGAGUCAAUGCGCUCCGCGGUGAGUGUAGCGACAUGUGCCAUAUUACCAACGGCUUUCCACCGGGGUGGUCUAACUUUCCCGGACAAGAGGUCCAAAGAGCCUAA